UUCUAGAGCUUCAAAUGGCGAUUUUUUUACUUUCCGUAAUAUACAGUAUGGUGAAAGGAUAACCAAAGAAACUAUGUUUAUGGCACCUCAAAUGGCAAGCUCCGGUUUAAAAGUUACGCAUUAUAAGAGCAAGUACUAUUCACCAUGUUACCAAUCACCGAAAACAUAUACAGAAGACUAUUUAAAACUAAACGUUUCCGCAAAAAAAAAUAAUGUUUCUAAACCUGUCAUAGCCUGGCUAGAAGGAAAAGAAUAUUCUUCGCUUGAAAUGACAACUUUGUUCAAGAAUCUCGUUAUGGAGGAUAUUGUGGUGGUGACAAUAAACUAUCGUAUAUCUAUAUUUGGAUUUCUAUGUCUCGGUGUUCCGGAGGCUCCUGGCAAUGCUGGCCUAAAAGAUGUUAUAUUGGCACUACAAUGGAUUGAGGAAAAUAUAAAUAAAUUUGGAGGUGAUCCAAAAAAUGUUAUGCUUCUUGGACAUGGAUCUGGAGCUGCAAUGGUCGACCUGAUCACUAUGUCCCCAUUCUCGGAAGAUUUGUUACAUAAAGCAUUCGUUAUCAGUGGAUCAGCAUUAGCACCUUGGGCUAUAUCUUAUGACCCAAUCGGUUAUGCUAAUAUUGUAGCAGAAAACCUACAAUACUCUGGAAAAUCACCAAUGGAAUUAGCAAUGAAAUUUAAAUCCACUCGUCUUAAUGUAUUACUAGCUGCUCUUGAGGUUGAAUUUACCAAUAAUACCGCAUUGUUUGCUCCUUGUGUCGAGAACGACAAACUUCAGAAUGUUUUUCUUAACGAUACCCCAAUAAACAUAUUGAAGAGUGGUAGUUUCAACCAUAUACCUUACGUGGCCGCUUACACCCAUAGAGAGGGAACGAUAAAAGCUAAAGAAUUUCUUGAUUGGCGUCCCAAAAUGGAAUCAGAUUUUACUCAGUUCAUUCCAGGGGAUUUAGAAUUUGGUUCUGAAAUCAACAAGACUAUAGCGAUGAAUAAUAUACGUGAGUUCUAUUUCCACAACACUACCAGUAUUAACAUAACAGAGUAUCUGGACUAUUAUAGAGAUACCUCAGUUAUUGUGCCAUUAAUAAGAGGUGUUACAGCCAGAGCAGAGACGUCGACAGCUAACGUUUAUUUACUUGAGUACGCGUACCAUUGUAUAUCUAACGCUGACUGGCCUUUCAACGAUAUUUCAGUGGUAGAGAAUGGUAUUAAGCAAGGUAGCCGGGAUAAUGUAUUGUAUAAAAAUAUGACAAAGCACGAAGAAGAUGCGAAGAGAUCACUUAUAAAUUACAUCAUAUCGUUCGCAAGAACUGGAGCACCCAAUAUAGUAUCAGAGCACCCAGCACGGCAGUGGCUACCGGUCAACAAUGAGACCAUCAACUAUCUGUACAUCGGUGGUGCAUGUAAUCAAAAGCAUACAGAAGAACUGAAACAGAAUCCCUACUCCAAGUCAAUGAAGUUAUGGACCGAUCUAUAUGACCAUUACUAUAAGACUCCCUUGAAGUAUUCUGACUCCGGGAAUGCUAAUAAUUAUUUCCGUAUUUUAAUUCGAAUUACUAUAUUAAUUGGCCUAUUACUCCUUUACUGCUGCUUUAGCCGAAUUAUUCGAAAGUAAUAUAAUAUUACUUUCGAAUAAUUCGACUAAGGCCAACCAAAAAACCAAACAAAUAAUAAAUCGCAACGAUAUGGAAAUGGGGAAUAAUCUGAAUAACGAGUGAUCUGUCCUUUUAAAUUUAUUAUUUUUUGUAACAAAAUGAAACAAGAAUUUCACAAAGGAGAGAGAGAAAAAGAAGACAGAAAGCAUAAGGUGUGAAUAUAUAGAUUGAAGACCUCGGUGGUCUGGCGGUUUAAGCACACCGCUUUACAUCCGAUGGUCGCGGCUUCGGUUCUUCGCACGGUUUUACUGUAUAUAAUAUGUUACGUACAUAUUAUAUAUAGAAAAAACCCAGACCGACACAAACAAUCAUGCUCAUGAAUACAAAUGUUUGCGCCGAGCGAGGAAGUGAACCCGCGACUAUCGGAAGUAAGGCCGUCAAAUCAACUUUUUGUAUUGUUUUAGUUGUCAAACGAUAUGACAGUCUUGACCUUUUUCAAUGUGGAUUUUGAGAGCAUGUCUAAAAUUUUUUAUGAUUCUCUGUGAUUUGUUUAAAAGUAAUAGAUUCAUUUGUUUCUAAUAUUUACAAUUGUGUACAAAAUUGUGUUUAAAAUGACAUGUCUAUCAUAUUAUUUUUAAUUUACACGCAUACUAUUUUUUUAUUACAUAAUUAGUUAUAAAAG